AUGAAAAUUCACAGCUACAUGGAUGUGAAUACAACCAUGAAUGAAGAGUUUAUCAAACUCGGAGCCCUAGAAGAGCAGCUUCUCCAGCGAGUAACAGAAGUCGAUGCGCCGACUGAUGCCCCGCAAGAUCGUGCCAAGUCCUGGAACCGCGCUAUCACACGCGUGGCCGAAAGUCUUGAUGCGAUUUACCCGCAAAGAAUAAACUCGCAUCUGCAUCGAGAGGCGUUUCUUAAAUGGGCUGAUCUCCGUGUUCAGACUGGCGCGUCAAAAAUUCGUGCGAAUGUUUUGCUACCCCCGCUUCAGAACGAAAUCCCUCGCAGCAAGUCGCCCAUGCCUGAACACCGUCGGCUUGUUGAUGCCAUUUCUUCCUCGACAUCAUCCGAGCACCUGUCUCCUGGUCUGCUACCUGAACUUGACACAGACCUACGUGACGUGCAUCCUCUGAUUUGGCAUCCAGACCAACAGAUCAAGACAUUGAGCCUCGAGAUCUCCAAGGUGCGCGAGGCUUUGUACUCUGCGCCGAUCCCUGGACAAGAACUAGGACCCAUGUGGCCGUUGAACGUGAGCUACCUGAACUUCCUCGACUUCCAACUUGUUCCCUCACUGGUGUAUAAGCUGCAGUAUCCGAGACUAAAGGAGGUGCGUGUCUGGUACGUUAUUGAGCGCUGCGUUGCUCUGUUUGGCACGUUCUUGGUGCUCUACGUCAUCACUGUCCAUUGGAUUAUCCCUGCAACUGAAGACACGUCUGCGAGUCUACUGUCUCUUUCUUUGCGCCUUAUGGCGCCAAUGAUAUCAUGCUACUUGCUUCUUUUCUACCUCAUGUUUGAAUGUGUGUGUCAGGGAUUCGCUGAGAUCACUCGCUUCGCCGACCGCGAAUUCUACCGCGACUGGUGGAACUCGACAUCGAUGGAGGAGUUUUCACGGAAUUGGAAUCGGCCAGUUCAUCACUUCUUGCUUCAACACGUCUACGUAUCCUUGAUUUUCCGUGCCGGGAUGAGCAAGUCGUCAGCAUCUGUAUUUACCUUCCUCUUGAGCUCCGUGUUCCAUGAGAUCGUCAUGAUUAUCGUCAGCGGCAAAAUCCGCGGCUACCUCUUUGCGAUGCAAAUGAGCCAGAUCCCUCUCAUCAUGAUGGCGCGUCUUGAAUUUAUUCGCUCUAGGCCGGCACUUGCGAACUGUCUCUUUUGGAUGGGAAUGGUGAUUGGUUUGCCGAUGCUGAAUAUUUUGUAUCUUAUGUUUUAA